AUGACAGAGGCCGCGCAUCACGAAGUCCACAACGCCCAUCUAGCAGACGGCAACCCCGGGCGACCAUCCUCCCUGUCCGAAAAGGGCAGAGAGAGUCGGCGCAGCGGUGGCUCUGAUGUUCUGAAUGGACCCAUGGCAAAGGAAACCCUCGGCUCCCCCGACUCCAAAGAUUCGUCUGGGAAACGAGAACUAAAGGAACAUGAGUGCUACGACAAGCUGGGCUACUGCUGGCCCCGAUGGAAGAAAUGGACAUACCUGGCGGCUGUUGCCUUCGUCCAGGUGUCCAUGAACUUCAACACUUCCGUCUUUCCCAAUGCUGUGUCACCAAUUGCCGAAGCCUGGGGCAUCAGCGAGCAGAAGUCCCGAGUCGGACAGAUGAUCUACUUGGUGACAUAUUCAUUUGGGUGUGAACUGUGGGCGCCCUGGAGUGAGGAGUUCGGCCGUUGGCCCAUCCUCCAGCUCUCGAUGUUUCUCAUCAACAUCUGGCAACUUCCUGCUGCUCUGGCCCCGAAUUGGGGCAGUAUCGUCGUCGCUCGUGCACUGGGUGGAGUCUCUACCGCAGGUGGUAGUGUGACUCUCGGUCUAGUUGCCGAUAUUUACGAGCCUGAGACGCAACAAUUCCCCCUUGCAUUCAUUGUCUUGUCCUCCUGCAUUGGCACCAGUAUUGGUGGAAUCAUCGGUGGACCUAUCGCGCGUUUCCUCGGAUGGCGCUGGUUCUUCUGGAUCCAGCUCAUUUUCGGAGGUGUCACCCAGGCUAUCAUCUUCUUUAUGCCCGAGAGUCGUUCCACCAUCCUGAUCGACCGGGAAGCCAAGCGACGCCGCAAGACGGGUGAAGACCCUAACUGCUACGGACCCAACGAGCUGAAGAAGCCCCGUGUUUCUCUCAAAGAAACCGGCGUUAUCUUGCUGCGACCCUUCCACAUGCUGUUCCGCGAGCCUAUUGUGCUCAGUCUUUCUCUGCUCUCCGGAUUCUCCGACGCUCUGAUCUUUAUCUUUCUGGAGAGUUUCACCCUCGUCUACGAGCAAGGUUGGGGCUUCGGGACUCUUGCCCGAGCCUGGGCCUUUAUUCCUAUCAACCUGGCAUACGUCAUUGCAUAUUUCUCCUACUUCCCAUGGUUCUGGCGUGACCAACGCAUCCGGAAGCGCGAGGGUGAUGACGCCCUUCCUCCCGAGCGCCGUCUCAAAUGGCUGCUGUUCCUGGCCCCCUUGGAGCCCAUCGGCCUGAUGGGCUUCGCUUGGACCUCGCUCGGUAACGAGUACAAUGUCCACUGGAUGGGCUCCAUGGUCUUCUCCACUUGUGUCGGCAUUGCCAACUACGCCAUCUAUCUGUCCUCAGUCGACUACAUGAUCGCUUCCUACGGAGUGUAUUCGGCGUCGGCGUGUGGUGGCAAUGCCUUCGCUCGAGACUUCCUGGCCGGUAUCUCAGCCAUGUACGCCACGCCGAUGUACUCCAACAUUGGUGACAAGUUCCACGUCGAGUAUGCCAGUACCGUGCUGGCGUGUUUGUCCUGCCUGGUGGUCCUGCCCAUCUACGUCUUCUAUUGGUAUGGACCGCAGGUUCGUGCCCGCAGUAAGUUUGCGCAGGCGCUUGCUGCCGAGCGAAAGGAGAACCAUGGUCGGAGAGUUAGCAAGCCUAGCAUCGAACCUUAG